AUGAUUUGUUUUCUCUCUAUUUACAACUCUAAGUCCUUGUAUUGCUCUCUAAUCUUUUUCGCUCAAUCACUUCUUUUCUACUUGUACUCCUCUUUCAACUUUAUCACUUACUCCUUCUUCUUCUCUUACAUUCUCUUUGUCAUCAUUUACUCCUCCUUCCCCAACUCCACUCUCGUUCUUAAUCAGAUACUCCUUCACCAACACCUCUCUUUUUAUUAUUUAUUUCCUCUCUGUCUUUAUCCUUCUCCCCCUUUCACCAUUUUUGUAAUCCCUUUCUUUUCUCUUGUUCUUUCUGUUAAUUGUUUAUACUUUUUCAUCCAAUCCUUUCUUUCGUUUUUUUUUUACCACUAUCUUAUUCGCAUCAACUUUACUGCUUUCUUCCAAAUCAAUCCCUCUCUCUCAACCUUUCUUUACUUAUUACCUUUACUUUAUUUUCCCUCUUUCUCUUUCUCAUACUACCUUUUUUCUCCUCCUCCUUUCUUGCUCUGCUUGUCAUUUUCUUUCCAGCUCUUUCUGUUCUUCCCGCUCGUUCUCUUGUUUUCCCUUCCCACCAAAGAUACUUCGAUAUCCGACCUUCUUCUUUCAUUCAUUCUCACUGAUUUUAUCUCCUGUAGUUCUCUUUCUACUCUCCCCAUUUUCCUAAUUUUCUUUCUUACUUACUAUCGUCCUGUCAAAGACGAUUCUCUGUUUGACCUUUAG